CCGUUCCAUCUGAGAACGAGAGAGAGAGAGGACGGUCGGACGUGGACGUCGCACGGCCCAAACACAGACCGAAGCCCGUGCGCCCGUGACUGGAUCCACCGGAUGCGAAAAAAAAGUACAGACAGAGAAAGAGGAAACGACCCCCUCCUCCCCCCACGACGGACAGCAGAGCGCGACAGCAGAGGAGCGAAACACCAAUACAAGUUGUCAUCUGACCAACACUGCCACUGCCCUCGCCGCUGUGUGUGUGCUUUCUAUACACACUGUUUCCCUUCGGUUGUUUUGUUUUGACGGAGAUUUGCGCUGCAACUAUUUUGGGUUCUUCUCUCCGUUUGCCGGACGAUUAACUCGGGAUAUUAUUCUCUCCGUGUCCGUGCAGUGUGCGGAUUUCAUUGUCAUUUUCACGCCUUGGCAUUUUUAUUAUGGACAGUGCUCUUACUCAGAUGGUCUGACUGUCCCUCCCACACUGGUCCACGGAGAAUAACAGCUCGAUCUGCUGAACAGUUUUAACAACAUCCAACUGCAAUGGAAUAUUUCGAUGCAAAUUUUUCUGCGCUGAAAUAAGGAACUCUUCACAACUUAAAGCCAUCCAAUACACUUGUCCUAUUGGUAGGUUCUCCGGUCAGUUUGCCACGCCCCUUCAAGUACCCCAGGUGUCUCUCUGCGACCCCGUCUGGUCCAGGAUGUCCAGGCAGCUCUCCCAGCUUCCGACCCCCGACCUCCCAGCUGGCGCAAGCCCUCAGUUUGGAAGUUGUACUCAGCCUGCAGGCUCCCUCACAGGGGGGCAUCUCAACUCAAUGACAGGUCUCAAAUCCCUCCUGCAGCACCCCAUGAAGGGGGACCAACGUUUAAAAACCCUGUGCGAUGCAAAAGCUCUGGCAGACAAGGAGAGGCUGGACCUUGAUGAGGACUCCCUGGGAGUGUGCAGCAUGAGGAAUGGCAUUGGAAUAGGCAACAGUAAUAGCAGUAAUGGCUGUGGAGGAGGUGGCGGAAAUGGAGGAGGAAGCUUCAACCAGUUCUUGGGGCCUCUUUUGUGGGAUCGCACCCUGCCGGCAGACGGGGGGCUCUUCCAGCUUCAGUACAUGGACUUGGAGGAGUUUCUGACUGAAAAUGGAAUGGGCAGCAUGCACAACAACAACAGCUCCAGCUCAGCCCAGAUCCCCUCUCAGAGCUCCCAGUCGGCCGUUCCCAACCAGAGCUCCCAGUGCCUACCGCCGUCAUCCCCACCUGGCUCUUCAUCUUCAUCACAUUCUUCCUCUUCCUCCCCGUCACUCAUUGGUUUAGAGGUGGCUCAGCCGCAGAGCCUGUCAGGAGGGAGUGACUGCCUGCAUGGGAGCCAGACGAGUAUGAACGACUCCUGUGAGUCACCCUGUUCCUCCUCCUCGUCCUCCUGUCCACCUCUGCUGACGCCCACGGGCAGCGGGCCAGAUGUGGUUGGAAUGUUUGACAUGGAUUCUUCAGACAACGCUGGCCAGCAGAACUUUGACCCCAUUAGGCACUCCUUCAGCGAGGAGGAGCUCAAACCUCAGCCAAUGAUCAAGAAGGCCCGCAAGAUCCUGGUGCCUGAUAGCCUGAAGGAUGAGAAGUACUGGACCAGGAGGUAUAAAAACAACGAGGCAGCAAAGCGCUCCCGAGAUGCUCGCCGUCUUAAGGAGAACCAAAUAUCCGUGCGUGCUGCCUACCUGGAGAGAGAGAACGCUGCCCUGCGACAGGAAGUGGCCGAGAUACGGAAGGAACUGGGCCGCUGUCGCACCAUCCUUAGUAAAUACGAGAACCGCCUCGCUGACCAGUGAUGAAGGCGUGCAGCAAAAUCAGGAGGGGGAGAAAUAAAAGAUGGAUUAAAUUUAAGACUCUGGAUUUUUGGGGUGGCACGAUGGACAGAAUGGAGUCAAGAAAAUGGUGAUGAUGAUGAGGAAGCUGAUGAUUAUGAUGAUGAAUGUAUAAGACAAGGAGAGGGUUUGUGUAAUGAAGCUCAGGUGUCUUUUUGUUGAGGUGUCAGCUCUUAAAAGUGAAAGAUGGAGAGAAUAAUUUAACAGAUGAAAGAUGUGACUUUUAAGAGUUUUGUUAUUGGAGAAUUGUAUAUUUUUAUAAUACUUAAGAAAAAUUAGAGGGAGAGCAAAUUUGGAGAAUAAUUUUGUAUAUUUUCUACGUGGCGGGGACAUAGAGACAGGGCAAAGCUAUGGUAAAUAUCUUUUUAUUAUAGAUGAGUCAGGAGAUGUUUAAUAGGCGGUCAGCCAUCGAUGGGUAUUUUCCGACUUUAUUACAGUCAGAGUGCAGCAGCAGGGGCGAGGACGCAUGUAACAAUUGUAAUAUAGAGAGCAAAAAUUAUGUUAUAAUCGUAUAGUUCAGCAUUUUUGUGGAUUUUACUCAAGCACUUAAUUUUUUUCCUGUUAUGUUUCUGUCACUGGGAAUGGGCAUGCUAGAGAGAGACAAGGGGAGACACCAUGUAAACAGUCCAACACUAUCCUCAACCCUUGUCUUGACCAGUCUUGUGCUUUCUUUUCCAAUAGAACAACUUCAUCCUUUCCCUUUCCCUUCGAGUUCCCCAAUAUUAGUUCUUUGUACACUGAGCUUAACUUCAUGCGAUUGGUACAUCUUCUUCUAGUCCACUCUUGCAUCUUUGACUCUUUUUCUCUAUCCCAGUCGAGUGCUUUUAAUCCGCCGUGGCGUUCCGUAUCUCACCUGAGCCGGUAAAAGCCCACUGUUGUGACGCCCCGCGUAACUUUGCUCCUCUUGAUCCUCUCUUUGAGUUGUUGGGGCAUUUCUCUCCCCCUGUCUCUAUAUCCAACUGCUCUAUUUCUAUGUUCUCUCACUUGCAGCCAGUACCCUCACAGUUCUGUGCAAACUCUUCCCAUCAACCCUUUGUCCCUCUGUCUCUCUUGUACCUCGGCGGUGCACAGAGUGUUUCAAAUCUCAGUGUUGUAAACGUAUUCUGAAAUGGUAACCGAUCUUCCCAGUAAAACGCACAUCAUUACUUUACUGUACUUUAUGAACACACUUUAAUUAGCAUUAUUAUGGGGGGGAGAAAUGUUGUGUAUAUUGGAUAGGCCUAUACUAUUUUGUGUAUUUGAUGUAUUCCAGGAGAUGGGUUCAGUACCCCAUUGAGUGGAAUUGUGUUAAUUUCUCAGAUUUCUGGGAGAAAUAAAAGCCAAAAUUUCCUGUGUUGAUCCACAA